AGUGCCGACGGCGGGGCGGGUCUGCGGCUGCCACGUUGGAGCGGAGCGCGGAGUUGGCCCUGGGCGGAGCGGAGGCGGCUGUGAGUCCGGGAGAGUCCCGCUGCGCUGAACCGAGGAUCGGCAGCCGGGGGUGCCCGCCAGCAGGAUGAAGUUAAAGGAAGUGGAUCGUACUGCCAUGCAGGCAUGGAGUCCUGCCCAGAACCACCCUAUUUACCUGGCCACAGGAACAUCUGCUCAGCAGUUGGAUGCAACAUUUAGUACCAGUGCAUCCCUUGAGGUGUUUGAAUUAGACCUUUCUGAUCCAUCCUUGGAUAUGAAAUCUUGUGCUACUUUCUCUUCUUCUCAAAGGUACCACAAAUUGAUUUGGGGGCCUCAUAAGGUGGAUUCCAAAGGAGAUGUCUCUGGAGUUCUGAUUGCAGGUGGUGAAAAUGGAAACAUUAUUCUUUAUGAUCCUUCUAAAAUUAUAGCUGGAGACAAGGAAGUUGUAAUUGCCCAGAAUGACAAGCAUACUGGUCCAGUGAGAGCCUUGGAUGUGAACAUGUUCCAGACUAAUCUAGUAGCCUCUGGUGCUAAUGAAUCUGAAAUCUACAUUUGGGAUCUAAACAAUUUUGCAACUCCAAUGACACCAGGAGCCAAAACACAGCCCCCAGAAGAUACCAGCUGCAUUGCAUGGAACAGACAAGUUCAGCAUAUUUUAGCAUCGGCCAGUCCCAGUGGCCGGGCCACUGUGUGGGAUCUUCGGAAAAAUGAGCCCAUCAUCAAAGUCAGCGAUCAUAGUAACAGGAUGCAUUGCUCUGGGUUGGCCUGGCAUCCUGAUGUUGCCACUCAGAUGGUCCUGGCCUCUGAGGAUGACAGGUUGCCAGUGAUCCAGAUGUGGGAUCUUCGGUUUGCUACCUCUCCUCUCCGUGUCCUGGAAAACCAUGCCAGAGGGAUUUUGGCAAUUGCUUGGAGCAUGGCAGAUCCUGAAUUGUUACUGAGCUGUGGAAAAGAUGCGAAGAUUCUUUGUUCUAACCCAAAUACAGGAGAGGUGUUGUAUGAGCUUCCCACCAACACACAGUGGUGCUUUGAUAUUCAGUGGUGCCCCCGCAAUCCUGCGGUCUUAUCGGCUGCUUCCUUUGAUGGGCGUAUCAGUGUUUACUCUGUCAUGGGAGGGAGCACAGACGGCUUACGGCAGAAACAAGUUGACAAGCUCUCAUCGUCGUUUGGCAAUCUGGAUCCCUUUGGCACAGGGCAGCCCCUUCCUCCGUUACAGAUCCCGCAGCAGACUGGGCAGCACGCGGUCGUGCUGCCCCUGAAGAAGCCUCCCAAGUGGGUCCGGAGGCCUGUCGGUGCGUCCUUCUCAUUUGGAGGCAAGCUGGUCACCUUUGAGGGUGUCAAGGUGCCGACUCCCCAGGGAGCCGAGCAGCAGCAGCAGCACCACGUGUUCAUUAGCCAGGUGGUGACAGAAAAGGAAUUCCUCCGUCGCUCAGAUCAGCUGCAGCAGGUUGUACAGUCACAAGGGUUUGUCAGUUACUGCCAGGAAAAGAGUGAUGCUUCUCAGACAGAGUUUGAGAAAAAUGUGUGGUCCUUUCUGAAGGUAAACUUUGAGGAUGAUUCCCGUGGAAAAUACCUUGAGCUUCUAGGAUACAGAAAAGAAGAUCUUGGGAAGAAGGUUGCUUUGGCUUUGAACAAAGUGGAUGGAUCCAAUGUGGCUCUUAAAGACUUUGACCAAGUAACACAGAGUGAUGGGGAGGAGAGCCCUGCUGCUGAAGAGCAGCUCUUGGGAGAGCGCAUUAAAGAAGAAAAGCAAGAAUCUGACUUUCUUCCCUCAGCUGGAGGGACAUUUAAUAUCUCUGUCAGUGGAGAUAUUGAUGGUUUAAUUACUCAGGCUUUGCUGACGGGUAACUUUGAGAGUGCUGUUGACCUUUGUCUACAUGAUAACCGCAUGGCUGAUGCCAUUAUAUUGGCUAUAGCAGGAGGACAAGAACUCUUGGCUCGGACUCAGAAAAAAUACUUUGCUAAAUCCCAAAGCAAAAUUACCAGGCUUAUCACUGCAGUUGUAAUGAAGAACUGGAAAGAAAUUGUUGUGUCUUGUGACCUUAAAAAUUGGAGAGAGGCUUUAGCUGCAGUGUUGACUUACGCUAAGCCGGAUGAAUUUCCAUCGCUGUGUGAUCUUUUGGGCGCCAGGCUUGAAAGUGAAGGAGAUAGCAUCCUACAGACUCAGGCGUGUCUCUGCUAUAUUUGUGCAGGGAAUGUAGAGAAAUUAGUUGCAUGUUGGAUGAAAGCUCAAGAUGGUAGCAGCCCUUUGUCUCUUCAGGAUCUGAUCGAGAAAGUUGUCAUUCUGCGAAAAGCCGUACAACUCACCCAGACCACAGACACUAACACUGUAGGGGUUCUUCUGGCUGAGAAGAUGAGUCAGUAUGCCAAUUUGUUGGCAGCCCAAGGUAGUAUUGCUGCAGCCUUGGCUUUUCUUCCGGACAACACCAACCAGCCAAAUAUUGUGCAGCUUCGUGACAGACUUUGCAGAGCCCAGGGAGAGCCCAUACCAGGACAGCAGACACCAAAAAUUCCUUAUGAGAGGCAGCAGUUGUCCAAGGGCAGGCCUGGACCAGUCGCUGGCCACCUACAGAUGCCAAGGGCUCCUACUCAACAAUAUUAUGCCCAUGUUAGAAUUGCCCCCACUGCCACUACCUGGAGUAACAAAACUCCUACUGCCCUUCCCAGCCAUCCACCUGCAGCCUCUCCCUCUGACACACAGGUAGAAAACCCUCCACCCCCAGGUUUCAUAAUGCAUGGAAAUGUCAAUCCAAAUGCUGCUGCUCAGCUUCCUCCAUCUCCAGGUCACAUGCACAGCCAGGUACCACCUUACCCACAGCCACAACCUUAUCAACCAGCCCAGCAGUAUUCCUUCGGAACAGGGGGGCCGGCAAUGUACCGACCUCCGCAGCCUUCUGCUCCUCCUGCCGCAAGCGCUUACCCUAACACCCCUUAUGUCUCUUCUACUGCUUCCUAUUCUGGGCAUGCUCCACUCUACACAGCACAACACCCGACCUCUUCUCCUACCUCCAGCCCUGUUGCUGCUUUCCCUCCUCCUUCUUCCUCGGGGGCAUCCUUCCAGCAUGGUGGACCAGGAGCUCCCCCGUCAUCCUCCGCUUACGCGCUGCCUCCUGGAACAACAGGUACACUGCCUGCUGCCAGUGAGCUGCCUGCAUCCCAGAGAACAGAAAAUCAGUUUGUCCAAGACCAGACACUUAUGUUUGAAGGUUCUCAGAAUGGUUGGAAUGAUCCCCCGGCUUUGAACAGAGUGCCCAAGAAGAAGAAGAUGCCUGAAAACUUCAUGCCUCCUGUUCCCAUCACGUCACCAAUAAUGAACCCUUUGGGUGACCCCCAGUCACAGAUGCUCCAGCCGCAACCUCCAGUGCCAGGACCACUGUCAAACCAAGCUUCUUACCCGCAGCCACAUCUCCUGGGCAGCCAACCCCUCCAUGGUCUGCAGCAGCCGCUCAGCCAGGCUGGUGUGCCCACAGCUUUCCCGAAGCCCAACAUCGAGGGUGCCCCAGGGGCUCCAAUUGGAAAUACCAUGCAGCAUGUACAGUCUUUGCCAACAGAAAAAAUUACCAAGAAACCUAUUCCAGAUGAGCACCUCAUUUUGAAGACCACAUUUGAGGAUCUUAUCCAGCGCUGUCUCUCUUCAGCCACAGAUCCUCAAACCAAGAGGAAGCUAGAUGAUGCCAGCAAACGCUUGGAGUUUCUAUACGAUAAACUUAGAGAACAGACACUUUCACCAACAAUCAUCAGUGGUUUACACAACAUUGCAAGAAGUAUUGAAACGCGAAACUACUCAGAAGGUUUGACCAUCCACACCCACAUAGUCAGCACCAGCAACUUCAGUGAGACCUCUGCUUUCAUGCCAGUUCUCAAAGUUGUUCUCACCCAGGCCAACAAGCUGGGUGUCUGAAGGACAGCUGUACCCAGCCAAUGUUGCCACUUUCCCAAAGAAGUAUGUUUAAAGAGAAAAUUGUAAGACAAGGACCAAUCCUCAUCAGCAUGUUUCCAUAGCAGCCAAUAAGAGCUUUCAUAUUCUUUCUGCAGAUACCCACCUUAGAACUGUUCCAGAUCCUGGUGCUUUUGUUUUAAUCUUUUCUUGCCCAUUAUGAUUUUCUGAUUCUGCAAAGCAUAUUUCUGGAUUACACAUAGAAUGGUUCAUAAUAUUCUGACAAAUGUGGUUUUUAAAAGUGUUUUGUUUGUUUUUGGAAAAAUUGCAUCUGGUUAUGCAUAAAGCAGAGCUAAAACUAAAUUUCUUUCAUGUUCACCUACUUUAUCCAUGUCAAUCAGAUUAAAGUGUGUAAUCCUA